AUGGCUCCUAUGGCUCCUAUGGCUCUUAUGGCUCUUAUGGCUCUUUGGGAUAUACAUCACCUUCAUACUAUUCAUAUUCGCCGACCUAUUCUUCCUAUUCAUCCUAUCCUUCUUAUUCACCCUACCCUGGCGGCUAUACUAUAUGGUAUCCAGAUGCUCUGGAUGACAUCGAUUCCUCCCCCACCUCCACCACCGGAUUCGUCUGUGCGUCCUCCAGCUCCGCCAAUGGUGUUUCCUGAAGAUAGCUCACCGGAGGACAGUAACUCAGUGGAGGAUUCUGAAGGAGGCUAUGGCUCACAGAAAAAGGCCGUUGAAAUUAGCUCUCAUGAGGAUGCUAAAGAGGCGAGUAUGUCCAUUUCCCGUCUUCCAUGA